AUGAAGAAAGACAACGCCGCGUACUGUACACAGGCAAAAGUAAGCGAGAUUGUGAAGAGCGGUCAUGUCUUCCAGGAUCCCCUGCUCCAGAGCAUCGCUCUGACAGACGGCGGAGCACGACAUAUCCGGAAGGUCCUUUGUGGAAUGAUGUGGCCAGAUGACACCAAGGAACCGAUAAGGAUUGGAUACUGGAACGAAGAAGACUUUGCUGACUGCCUUCCUGUAGAGGACUGGGAAGAAGAGUGGGGAGGGGAGAGUAGCAGACCGAUGUCAAUCUUCGAGAGGGAUGAAGGGCUGAACAUUGGUGCUCACCAUGAGGCAAAGCUCGACAUCGACUCCGCCAACAGAUCCGCAUCCCCAGAGCAAGAGCCAGCAGGUCAAUAUGAUAAGCGCCAGGCGACUGAUAUCAGAGACAAGCCCCAAGAGCUGCCGACGCAGGCCCACAUACGCGAUACCCAGGCAGCGCACACAGGCGCCGUCGACUUGACCCAGUCAAGCCUUGCAUCCAAGUCAAGCCGCGCUUCUCCUCCAGAUAGGUUCAAGUCGCCGACGGCCCAGACCAAUCCGGCGACACACAGCCAGACCGCCGCGCUCGCGCAUGGAGCAGAUGGAAGCAGUCGAGAGAACACGGAAAGCAAAGUGACUUUCGAGAAACCAGCCCAGUCCGCCAGCAGGAUGGACAACGAAGUCAAAUCCAAUACACCUUUGCCGGCCCGCUUGAAGCGUUCGACAACACAUGUACCCAAGUCCUCGGUGGAGAAGAUCGUGGACAGCGCGCAUGCGAAUGCUCAGACAGACAUGGUAAGCCUCCCUAGCUACCCAUACCGCCUCCCACCACUUGCGGUAGACGUCGACGCGUGA